AUGGCCGAAGGAGUUGUGUCUAAUGUUGUGUCAUCCAUCAUAGUAAAGUUGGGAACUCAAGCUUUCAAAGAGAUUGGAAAGUUUUGGGGUCUCAAAAAGGAGUUUGAGAAGCUUAGGAAAACAAUGGAGGUGCUGGUAGCUGUAAUUUUUGAUGCAGAGGCGAAGCGGGUCAGUAAUAAUCUAGUCAAAGUCUGGCUUGGGAGGCUUGAAGAUGCAGUCGAAGAUAUUGAUAACUUGUUGGACGAAUUUCAAACUGAAGCUUGGGGGCGUCAACUGAUGCCUGGGAACAGAAUGACUAAAAAGAUGGUUCGUAAGUUAGAAAAAAUUAGGGAGACACUUAAAGAUAUUAAGGAAGAUAGCACCUUAAGUUCACUGAUACCGGUAACACUCACCCAAGAGACAUAUAGUACUGAAUAUAUCAACAGAGAGACUCACUCUUUUGUGCGUGGUGAAGAAGUUAUUGGGAGGGAUGAUGAUAAAAUGAAAAUUAUUGAACUUUUGUUGGGUUGUGAUUCUGAUCAAGAUAAGGAUAAUAUUUCAUUCCUUCCCAUAGUCGGUAUUGGUGGACUAGGAAAAACAACACUUGCUCAGUUAGUUUUCAAUCAUAAGAUGGUUGAGAAACGUUUUGAACUUCAAAUCUGGGUUUGCAUAUCUGAUGUGUUUGACCUUAAAAUAAUUCUUGAGAAAAUGAUUAAAUCAAUAAAUGGUUCUGUACAACAAGGCCUUGAUCUAGAUCAGCUGCAAAAGUCUCUUCGCGAAAAGCUAAGUGGAAAAAGAUAUCUUCUUGUAUUAGAUGAUGUGUGGAAUGAAGAUAGGGAAAAAUGGCUUAAACUAAGAACCUUGCUAAUGGAUGUUUCACGUGGUAGUGCAGUAUUAAUAACUACCCGCAACAUGGACAUUGCCCAAAUGAUGCAGACCAAUAAGCCAUAUGAGUUACAAGGUCUAGACAAAAACAAGUCUUGGUCUUUGCUCAGGAAAGUGGCAUUCGAGAGAGGACAAAAACCUCAUAACUCAAACAUUGUAAGAAUAGGAGAGGAGAUUGUAGAAAUGUGCAAAGGAGUUCCUCUUGCCAUAAGGACGAUCGGAAGUAUAUUAUAUGGCAAUAAUCUAGAGCGUGACUGGGUGUCCUUUAAGAUUAAUAGGCUUGCCAAGUUAACUCAGAACAUAAAUGAUCUUGUACCGACACUUCGGAUGAGUUACGAUUGUCUUGCCUCUCAUUUGAAGCAUUGUUUUGCUUAUUGUAGAUCGUUUCUGAAAGAUCAUGUCAUUGACGUACAAAAGUUGAUAAAACUCUGGAUGGUUGAGAAAGAUGACAUGGGUACCAUAGUGACGUGUAAGAUGCAUGAUCUUGCAAUUUCAGUGGCAGGCGAACAUAGCAUCAUAAUAGACAAGCAUACAGAGAAUGAAAUUUUUCAUCAAAAGAUUCGCCAUAUAUCUUUGGAUACUCUAUUUGAUCAUAAGUCAUCAAAAUUUUAA